GCACGCGCGGCCCGAGCUCGGUCCCCGCGGCGCCCCUUGCCGCCCGCCGGCGCCCAGCCCGCCGCCCGCCGCCCCCAGCCAUGCCUCCGCCCGCGCCGCCCACCGAGGUGAUGCCGUCGGAGCGCGUGGUGGUGCUGCUGUCGUGCGCGCUGUCCGCGCUCGGCUCGGGCCUGCUGGUGGCCACGCACGCCCUGUGGCCCGACCUGCGCAGCCGGGCGCGGCGCCUGCUGCUCUUCCUGUCGCUGGCCGACCUGCUGUCGGCCGCCUCCUACUUCUACGGGGCGCUGCGCGACUUCGCGGGGCCCUCGUGGGACUGCGUGCUGCAGGGCGCGCUCUCCGCCUUCGCCAACACCAGCUCCUUCUUCUGGACCGUGGCCAUCGCGCUCUACCUGUACCUGAGCAUCGUCCGCGCCGCGCGCGGGCCCCGGGCCGACCGCCUCUUCUGGGCCUUCCACGCCAUCAGCUGGGGGGUUCCGCUGGCCAUCACCGUGGCAGCAGUGGCGCUGAAGAAGAUCGGCUACGAUGCCUCGGACGUGUCGGUGGGCUGGUGCUGGGUCGACCUGGACGCUGAUGACCGCGUGCUGUGGAUGCUGCUGACCGGGAAGCUGUGGGAGCUGCUGGCCUACGUGGCGCUGCCCGUGCUCUACCUGCUCAUCCGCAAGCACGUCAGCGGCGCGCGCGAGGCACUCUCCGAGUACCGGCCCAUCCUGUCUGACGCGCACCGGCUGCAGAGCCACCCUGCCGUGGCCGACAGGAAGCUGGUCCUCAUCCCCAUCAUCUUCAUCUGCCUCCGAGUCUGGAGCACCGUGCGCUUCGUGCUGACGCUGUGCGGCUCCCCAGCUGUGCGGACUCCGGUGCUCGUGGUUCUGCACGGCAUCGGGAACACGUUUCAGGGAGGUGCCAACUGCAUCAUGUUCGUCCUGUGCACGCGUGCCGUUCGCACCCGCCUCUUCUCCAGCUGCUGCUGCUGCUGCCCCGCCCAGCCUCCGGCGGACAGCCCGGCGCCAGCCAAGGUCCCUGCGCCCGCCAGUGCGGGAGAUGCCUCGGGUGCCAUUCGGAGCCCACAUGAACUGCCCAGCACUUGAGCGCAUCCCUGGUUGCGCGCUUCGGUGUGACCAAGCCCGGGACAAGGGCUGGCAGCCGUGUGGGUGUCGCUGCUGCUCGGGGCACUGCGGCAGGCCCAAUUGCGUCUACCUCCUAGGCUGCGGGGCGCAGGCACGUGGCCCCUCCUGCUGUGACUCAGAGAAACUCGCGGUCCCUCGCUCCCAGCGCACUGUUUACGAUGUGAGGGGAAAUGGAGGCUUGUACACUGUGACCAGACUAAUAAAACAUCAGGACGCUGAGGCUGGGACACCCAGAGCGCACGCGUGAGACCCGCGACAGCCAGCCUGGGGGGCGGCGUUGCUGGUCCACGGAAGGCCCCCCCACGCCCCGUGUUCCUGUGGACCGGGGUGGACACAGCCAAAACCAGACCGAGAGCUCAACCUUCUGACCCGCUCUGUGGGGGGCUACCUGGAUGCAGGAGGUGACUGAAGCACAGGUGCAAAUUCCAACCCCCCUCCCCCAGUCAUUAAAGUACAGGUUCCUCCCGGGUGGGGGGCAGGGGGAGGGCAGGUUCUUGGGGCCCCCUGGAGCACUGAGGCGGUAUGGGAGAGGCGCUCUGGCUUCUUCCCAGGUGAAUGCUUUGCAGGGAAAGAUGAAAGUGAGGGUUGUUUGGUGCUAAGUCCUCCCAGAGGGACUGUGUGGGGAGCCGGCCCAAAGCAGAGUCUGGUGUGCUGGGUGCUGAGGAGAAUCCUCCAGGGCUCGGGAGAUAGCUCAAGGGCCGAGUGCAUGCUUGGCACGCAGGACGCCGAUGUCCAGUCCCCGUCACUGCCUGGUUCCCUGAUCACCGCGAGGAGAGACACCUGAGCCUCUGGGUGGGCGCAGACCUUGGGUAUCGCUGAGCCUGGCCCAAACGCAGGAAGAGAAAGGAAGGGCUGGAGCCAUAGCACAGCGGGGAGGGCUUUGGCCUUGCACACAGCCCACCCGGGUUCGAUCCCUGGCAUCCCAUAGGGUCCCCUAAGCACCACCAGGAGUGGUUCCUGUUGCAGAGGUAGGAGUAAGCCCUGAGCAUCACCGCGUGAGACCCCAAAAGAGAAUUAAAACAAAAAAGUGGUUGGGAUUGAAGCAUCUAAAUGAAGGAAUUAAUUUGGGGGCACACGUGGUGGUGCCGGGGGCCCCUGAGACACAGCGGAUGGAGCCUGGGGCUCCCACAUCAGGGCAUGUGCUCCCGCUCGAGCCAUCUCCAUCUUGGAGAUGAGCAUCAGCACCUCCUUCCCUGGGACUCCGGCCCCACGCUUGGCUCUUACUUCAGAGGACAGUUGCUCCGUGCUGCGGGCUGCCUUGUCCCCACAGGAGGUGAGAGAGGAAGGAGUCCCUUCCUUCCGCAGGGUCCCUCCCUGCGACACCUGAAGAGCUCUGCAAACCCCCAGUGGUGUGCUGAGCCUCAUGCACAUGAGGACACGGGUCCUGGACGGUCCAGAGGUGCCACGUGUGCAGGACACGCUGCCUAUCCCCUGCCCUCCCCCAAGCAAGACCAGCAGCAGCGAGAGACUCUGCAGGGAGAGACCCCGCAGAGCUAAGUUCAAAGUGCUCCUUAGGCUCCGUUUCAGAACGAUUGUGGAGAGAGUCAGGCACGUAAGGCACUUGCUCCGCAUGCAGCCGUGUCGGCUGUGCCAGCUGCCCCCCUGGUUCAAAUCCCAACACCACACAGAACCCCCAAAGUGCCUCCAGGGGCUACAGAGCCAGGCAUAGCCCCUGAGGACCACUGGGUACUGCGUUCCAAUUGCCCAAUCCUCACCAGCACCCUUCCCCCUCAACUCCCUGCCCCCAACCCUCCCCCCAAGAAAAACUAGCAAAGGGCGUUAUGCCCCUAAGACUAGUGGGAAAUUCUGGACCCCGCAGAUAAGUUCCUGUUAUUAGGGCAACUCACUAGCAAAAACACCUAAGCCAAGGGACUCGGGGUCCAGCCAGUAUGUUGCAGCAUACCAGGGGCAUCCAGCCGGUACUGGCCUUCCUUCCGCUUCUAGAAGGGAGC